AUGUCUUCGCUGAGGAAAUCCGCAUCGUUUCGCUCUAGAAUUCCCGUCCGCCGGUCGCGCCUACCGCAUAGACGCUGCACCAGCCCAGACCAGCCGCUGGCGAACGCGACCGCGCACAGCCACGGCUCGGAGUCAUCCAUCGCGACCGGCGGCCACCACGAAGGCGGCGGUGGGCAAACACGGGCUGGCCAGCAACCGCGAGCCUGGUACGACCGGAGCCACUGCUACUCGUCGUCGAGCUACUCGAGCAGCGACGAAAGCUACGACUCGGAAGCCGCUCCAUUCCAGCAACUCCUGAAUCAAUCAUCGGCGGCCGCACGGGGCGGCCUGAUGCUGCUGGGAGGCGGCAGCAAUCCUGCAGCGACCGGCACCGGGUCCGCUGGGGACCAGCAAGGCGUCGAUUUUCCACACUUGGCACUUGGCGCAGACGGGCAGCCAUUUCUGCACCAACAGCCACUCCCGGCGCACCCCUUCGGCGCGUCCACCAGCCUGAGCACCUCGACCGACGCGAUGAGCCUGGACGGGCUGCUGGACUGCGUCAGCACGGGCACGUUCUCCUGUCCGCCGUCGCCGAAAUCGAAAUCAUAUUUGGAUUCCGGCGACCGAGGUCAGCUGUCCGGGAUCGACGUGUCCAGCUACGAGUCGCUGGAAAAGUUCAGCUACGCCCUGGAAACGCUCAAAAUUUCGGAUUCGGUUCACGCGCAGCGUAACUUCCUCAACAACUCCACCACCGACCCUCCGACGCUCGGGGAAUGUCUCGGGGGCGACCCGGCGCAUUCCUCCCAUCCAGUGGACGAGAAGCAACGAUCCAUCUUCAAUGGGAACAGUGUGCAGCUUCGACACGCACCCGAACAGACCGCACCCGAGGUGCACGAGACGCUGGAGGAAGAUGACGAUUUGAUUAAGCAGCGAAAGCUGAGUGAUUGGUACUACAUCAAAACGGCGCCGACCAAGAAACCGUCCAGUCCGUUCGAGCGCCGGCGAGCCAUCGGGGGGCGCGUGCAGCAGCAGAGCGAAGCCACACGCCGAAUGGCCACCCGCUUCCCGCCGUCACCUGCCCCGCGAGCGUCCAACCCGGACGUUUCUGGGAGCGGAAUGGCGAUCGGAUCGGAAGCCAGCGAGCAGAGACAUUCGGAGAGGUUCGUUGGUGCGACCGGGCCGAAGUUCUCCUCGCCCAUCCCGCGGCCCCGACGGCUUCCGGUCGACGGUGGAGGCGAGCACUGCUGGGAUCAGGACGGUCGGUCGCGGCAAGUGGGUCACGCGGUCACCAAGUCAGCCUCAUCGUCGAGCGUUAAUUACGGGAGUCGAAUGCAGCUCGGCAUUGGUUCGCGUGGACCACACGCCACCCGUGGCCUCCACUCCAACACCGACCUCCAGCAAGCCGGCACGCGGAAGGCCAUCGCGCCGGACGAUUCGCUCGGGCUCGCCCUGGAGGACGCAUCGCCAGCGCUCCUUGGCGGACUGUUCGGUUCGGGCGGGCAGGAUCAACAAUCGCUCGUCGACUUUGCUCGCCGGGCGGCCGAACGCUUCUCGCCCUACUGCCGCCGGCGGAACCCGCAGCAGCUGGUGCCUCAGUGGUUCCCGCCGCCUCCACCACCGCCCUACCACUACCCACACAACCAUCACAACAACCACCAGCAUCAGUCGCAGUCGCAGAGUGAGCAGAGAAAUAUUUACGAAAACUUCCCCGCGGGAGGAAAGCCGCCGGCUACGGAGGCCACGGUUCCGGAUGUUCCGAGUGCGGUUUCGGCCCGGUCCCGAGCCGUUGCUUCCGCGGCGAACGGAACCCGACCACCGCCGACGCUCUACGGGAUCGAGGAGAACGAGGUGUUCCAGUACAAGCUGCCCGCGUCCUUGUCCGACAAGCGGCCUCUUCCGAGACCUCCGCUCGAUUCCGACGGGGACGAGCUGCCGGAGGGUGUUACUGCGGGCCAGGAGAAGAAGAGCUCGCUGACGAGGUGUUAUCCAACUAAAUCGCAAUCAUCAGCACAGCAACAACCACAACAGCACCAACAUCCACCGCCACAGCCACAAUCGGUUGCGGUACAGCAGACUGCGGCUUCCAACACGCCAGCCACCUACCGGUCGGAUUAUGAACUGUCCGGGUCGUACGUGUCGCUCGAGUGCCCUUCGCCUCCCGGACCACCCGCUUGCGGACCGGAAGGUCGACGGGGUGACCCACAGGCCCGCCUAGCGAACUACCUGCGGACGCUGUACACCGAGCUCGCCCUCAAGGAACCGGUCCUACCGAGCUGGGUUCAUCCGGUCGCUCCCGGCGUACUAUGUCCGGCCCGACUCGAGCCGGAACUUCGACUGCACAUCCACUCGCACGGCCUGAACGAGGCGAUCGGUGUCGAUCAGAUCCUGACGCCGGUGCAAACCAAAGACGGUCCCUUCCUGGAGGCUCCGCGGCGCGUUCUGAUCGAGUGUCCGCCGUGGGUUACGCGCAGUGCGCUGGCGCUUCGUAUCCUGCACGGCUGGAGUCGUGAGCCACCGUGGCCACCGCGAGGGCAACCGGUAGCCCUGGCGCUGUUUGUGCCGCUGGUCGAGCUGAAGGGUACGCUAGCGAACUACAUCGGCAAGGAGCUACUUCCACGGGGACCGCCUAAUCCGUUUGCGAGCGGAUUCGGUGGGUUCAGUGCGGCCUGGAGUUCACUCGAGGCCCUCAAAGGGAAACUGCUGAUCGUGCUCGAUGGGUACGACGUGCAGUGCAAGACACGGAAGGGCAAAUCCAUGCCGAAGGACGUGAUCGAUCUGCUCGAGGGACGUCUCUUUCCGGAAGCGCGUGUCGUGCUGAUCAGCGUGACGUCAUCCUGCGCCGAACUGCUGCCACUGAUGCAGCGGCAUAUCACCUGCGAGGGACUCAUCUGGGGCCGCUCGGUGUCGCUUCUCGGCGGUGGUCAGUGGGGCGCUCCGACGAGGCUUAUCGAUACGGUGCAGUCCUGUCGACAGCUGCGGAGCAUUGCUAGGACCACGUUGGGUUGCUUGGCGAUUGCGGCCAUCUACGAAACGUCCGGCGGCGAGCUACCGACCGACGAGUUGGAUGUGAUCGCGUCGGUGUUUAACUGCGUGGCAGCUAACUCCUCCCACACGCAGGUCACCGAGCUGGGCCGGUUGGCUCUGUUCUGCCUCAAGACGAAGCGCUCCACGGUAACGUCGGCGGAGCUGAAGAUGUACUGCUCCGCCCCAGAGACCAACAUCGCCGGGUGUCUCGAUCGGGCGCAGCUCUUCGGACGCACCGCAAAGCGUAAGUCCGAGCAGUACUAUACGAUCAUCUGUCCCGGAUUGGCGGAGUUCCUUGCGGCGAACUACAUCGUCUCCCUCGCAAGCCGCCCAGGAUUACUGGCGGCGGAGAUCGCCGGACUUGCCGUCGGUGACGAGGUUGAGCCGGAGAUCCUAAAGGUGCUCAACUUCGCCAUGGCACUGCUCGGGUCCCGGGCGCACCUAUUGCUCUCUAAGCUAACACCACUCUGGUUGAGCCCCCAAACCAUCUUCUCGCUCGCGUUGGCCGGAGGUGAAACGGAGGCGAACCUGACUGCACUCUGCGAGAUGCUGGGGAUCUCCAAAUCACCCCCCGUGCCACCGCUGGAGGCCAAACCAAUCUGGGUGUCGAUCAAGUCCACCCUCUCGGAGCUGCAAGGCUGGGGUUUGGCGUUCAAGAGUCCCACCUGCACGCUGAAGAACCUCGAGCUGGUGUACCAGAUGGAGAAGAACCUGCUGCUGGAGUCGCGCAAUGUGAUGGACAUCUUUCUGGACGCGCUCGGUAAGAACGAGAGUGUCACCACGCUCCGGAUCACCUCGCUGAUUGAGAACGAGGUGCGCGACUCGGACAUCAACUAUCUGGCGAGCUGCAUCUCGAAGGCGCUCCUGAAGCCUCGCCUCGAAAGCUUCGAGCUCAUCCUGACGCUGCUCGAAGAGGACCCACCCAUUCUGAAGCUGCAGUCCGUGGUGACCGCUCUCUGCCGGACGAUUCCACGUCAGCCCAAGCUGAGCAAUCUCUCGCUGGACCUCGGACUCUGCACAUCACAGUUGGUUCAAAUCUGUUCAACGCUAGAAAAGUGUCCACACGUGACGCGCCUCUCGUUGCCACAUCUGCGCUGCGAACGAGGGGCUGUUGGAGCCCUGGCGGCACUCCUUACCGUGCGUCCCCUGUCGUAUCUUGGCUUACCGUCGAGUUGGGGAGCCCGGGAUGAUCCACCGUCGUCGAGUGGCGUUAGCAUGGGCUCCGGUUCGGGCAGUAGCAGUGGCAACUCGGGACUCAUCAAGCAGUCCUCGCUGACGGGCGCACCAUCUCCGCGCUCCUACCCAGCCGGCCUCUUCUCGUCACUACCCCGAGGGGUGCUCAACUCCACCUCCAAUCUGGGCCGCUCGGCCACCCUGCCUCGCCAACCGAUGGAGGGUCCACCGGACAAACGGAGCACCGACUCGGUCAUCUCACGCACCUGGUACCCAACGCCGGCCUGUGAUGGCGGUCCGCACAACUCCGGAACCCUGCACGAACUCCUGCUGGCCGCCCGCGACACGUACUCACGCCUCCAUGGGCUGGACCUCAGCAAGGCGCAGCUAUCGCUCGAGGACUCGAUGUGUCUCGGCGAAACGGUGCGCGUCUCCACCACGCUUCACUCGAUCAAGCUCGAGGGUGCGUCGAGGCUGAGCGAGAUCCUGCCGACCGUGCUCGGUGCCAGCGAGUCACCGUGCCUGCAGAUGAUGAGCCUCGGGUCGCCCCGGAUCGCACUGGAGGAUGCCGCCGUCGGUAUGUCCGCGCGCGCCCUCGGCAGCUGCAUCACCCUCCGGCUGCUCAGCCUCGAUGGUUGGAGCUUUAGGAUAGAAAAUGUCGGCACACUCGCGUCCGUCCGUGGCUUCCUCUCGCUCACGUCGAUACGCGAGCUCGGCCUGAACAACUGCCGGCUCAACAUGCCGAUGUUCAAGAGCGACGUCCCGGUGCAGUCCGGUGCCUACGAGUGCCGUUCGGUGGUCAAUCUGAAGCUUGCCGGUGCACAGAUCAUCUUCUCCGACCACCUGUCGAUGAAGGGUCCGCACAUGCUGCCGUAUCUGGUGGGGUUCGUGAGCCUGCGCGAGCUGGAUCUUUCCGCACCGUCGCGGACAGGCUUCGGCAGCAACACCUCGACGCCGCUCAUCCUCUCCGAUAAGGACGUUAUCGGUUUCUUCAACACGUUGAACAACCAUUUCAGCCAUCUCAACACGCUGAAGAUGUGCAACUGGAUCGUGCAUCUGGACGAGGCGCCGAAGACGCUCAAAACGCUGGCCAAGCUGCUGAAGGCCAGCCCGCUCAGCCAUCUCAAGCUCGACAGCGUUAUCGUGAUGGACCGACCUCGCAAGCAGCGCAUCGAGCCCCAGUUCACGCACGCCUUCCUGGCCAACCUGCCGCUGCUCCGGUGGCUCGGAAUCACGCUCCAUGGCCUGAGCGAGGAGCAGAUAACGACGCUCGGCAAUCACUGCGGCGACAUGCGCGGCAUGGAGAUCGACGUGAGGUUGUCCGACUCGACGAUCGAGAACGCGCGGCUGAUGACGAGCAGCCUCGGCAUGGACGGGAAGUUCGACAUUCGCGUGUCCACGUUCGGCACCACGAACAGCAUACUGAUUCACAUCGAGAAAACUUCGACGAAAAGUUUAUCCCGUAAAUAA